AUGAAUCACGGCUUGUUUGUUGUGGCAGACCGCAAAUAUCAGGAGUCGACCGAAUAUUUCAAGUGUAAUAUGCAAAUGACAAGAAAAGACCAAGCCCAGUUUAUUAUUCAAGUGUCACAAAGGUACACGACCGAAGAAGCGAGAAAUUGCAUGAAAACUGCAUCCCAAAACACGUCGCGUCCGAACUUGUUCGUUUUCGGCGGGGAUUCCACGAUGCGCGGAUUUUUCACUGAUUUCGUGGACCACUUCACGUAUCGAAAAUGGCACCCUUUCUCCCAAAAUGACGUUUUUUGGCAAGACCCCAAGAUUCGUUUGCACGUCUAUUACAUGUGGCAAACGUUCGUCGAUUCCCCGUGGUUGAUUCCGUUCUUCGGGGCGAAACCUGCAAAAAACCUGAAACCGAGUCUCCUCGUGGCAUCCGGAGGAGUAUGGGCUCUCGCUUUCAAGAAAAACAUGCUGCGCUGGGCAGCCGAAAUAAAUGCAACUGGAAUCCCAAUGAUUUGGCGAAUCCAAGCCACAGUCAGCAACACACAUUUGCCAAACGAUAAACAGGUUUGGGUCACAGCUGAAAUGACAGAAAAGCUCAACAGCGUUGCCACCGGGGUGGUCGAGAAAUACGACCGUUUCCGGAUUUGGAACACAGGGGCGAAUGCCCUCAAACAACUAAUCGUUAAAACAAACAAGGUUUUAUUCAGGGACUGGGUCCACGUGUGCCAUGCAUCCCACGAAUACGAGAUACAGGUCCUUUUGAAUUUCUACUGCAACCGGUUCACAAACCUGGGGACGUGCUGCGACACCUAUCCAAGUUUUACUGAAACAGACAGAGAGAAGCUUCAUCCAGAUUUGAGUACGAGGCGCAUCAUCAUUUGCAGCUUCACUGUCGUAUGGUUUUUGGCGAUCUGCUCAUGCUUUUGGUCGCUUGUGGUCAAAAAUUACCCCAUAAAGAUGGUUCUUAGUGCUGAUGGGACAAAUGUGAAAUGUGGGCUUGAUGCAAAAAGCCGAAAAGUCAGGUUAUUUCGCGAAUUCGUGUCCAAAUUAUGGCGAAAAUGUUUCAUCGCUGGAAUCGCGGGUUUUGCGGUUCUACUCAUCGCUGAUUUUUUCGGCAUUUUGAGGAGCCCAAAAACGAGUUGUCACGCUUUGCUGGAAACCGGAAACUUGCUUCCGAAUGGAACUUGGCAGCCCUUGGGUUGCCAAGCCUUUGAAUACGACACUGAGGAUGUUCUCAAGUGCUUCAGGGACCGGAAACUCAGAACUUCCGGCAACUCUUACCUAGGAUUUUACGGAGACAGAGAGCUCUUACAAUUACUGCUAAUAAUUCAUAGAAAAAUCGCUUUUGGGCAUUGGGAAAAAUAUUCGGAAACUGACAGAAUGUACACUUCCCACGGAAAGUACGUCAAUUUGGGAUAUUUGAAUAGAAUAUCUGUGGAACGAGUUGUGGACUGGUUCCCACCUAAUGAAUAUAACGAAUUUCCGACCCUCGUGGUCAUGAAUCCGUACCUUGUAAUGCGUCCCAUUAUGUGGGAAAUUCCGAAAAUUAUCACAACCAGUGUGUAUACCAAGACCUUCAAGGAAACGAUGUCUCAAAUUCAAAAAAUAUCAGAAAAUCAAACCGUGAUCUGGAGAAUGUAUCAUCCGAGAAAUCCAGAAACAGAGGAGAUCCUGGGACCGCAACAAUUUUCAGGAAAGGAAUAUUCGGAAAUUUUGAACAACAUCAUUCAAAAUAAUUAUACAGAAUCCGAGAAAAUGUGGCUGUGGACAAACACGAAACGAAUCGAAGAAGAAGUCGUGAAAUCCAAUCACGCAAAUUUGACUUACGCGAAUUCGAAGCUGAGGAAAAUAGCUGAAAUUAAUGCGCAAAUUUUGCUGAACUUUUACUGCAACAAAGAAUUGCGUCUGACUUCGGAAUUUUGCUGUUCCGGGAUGACGGAAGAAUUUCCUCUUUAUCCGGUCGAAAUUAGGAUUUUAUUGAAAUCAAUGUUGAACAAUGUGCUGGAGUUCAACAAGAAACGGCUUAGAAAUUUUAGCGAACUUUUAUCGAAAUCAUGGCUAGUAAUUUUAGUUGCUGGUGUCGUUGGCGUGAUGCUAAUUUUCUUCGCUAACAUUUUCGGCUCUUCAAGAAGCCACAAAACGACUUGCCACUUAUUACUGGAAACUGGAAAAUUGCUCCCCAGUGGGAUUUGGCAGCCAUCGGGUUGCCAGACUUUUGUUUACACUUCUGAAGACAUCCUCCAGUGUUUCAAACACCGGAAAUUGAAAACUUCCGGCAACUCUUACCUAGGAUUUUACGGAGACAUACAUCUCCUAAGACUGAUGCUGCACCUUCAUAAAAUGAUAGAAUCCGGAUCUUGGGAAAAAUACUCCGAAUCUGACAGAAUGUACACUUCCCGAGGGAAAUUUGUCAAUUUGGCAUUCAUGAGUAGGCAUUCGAUGGACGAAAUCGUGGACUGGUUUCCUCAAAACGAAUUUAGCGAAUAUCCAAGCCUGAUCAUUUGGAAUGUGUAUAAAAUGAAGUGUGCCCCUGAGGGAAAACUUCCAGAGUCUCUUUCAAGAAGUAUUUACAACAAGUCCUUCACGUACUUUAAGUCGUUUGUUGACAAACUUACUGAUGAUCAAAUCAUGCUUUGGAGAUUUUAUCACACGAGAAGUCCAGAGGCAGAGAAAAUUUUCGGACCACACGAAUUUGAAGGAGAAGAAAACGCGGAAAUUUUGAAUUCUGUCAUGAAAUCGCGUCACAAAAUCUCCGACAAACUUUGGCUGUGGACAAACACGAAACGAAUCGAAGAAGACGUCGUGAAAUCCACGGAUUCAAAUUUGACUUCCAAAAAUGCGAAGCUGAGAAAAAUUUUCCAAAUCAACGAAUAUGUUGACAUGUGUUGGAAGCCUUUGAAAGUGCACAGAGUUUUAGAAAGGUUAUUCCCACUGAGAUCCACGUUGGCCAUUUGCGUCGGUGCCGCCAUUUGCAUCAUCUCCAUAAAAGGCUACAAAGAGCACAUCAAAGCCGGAUUAGGACUCGACACCUGCAAAUGGAUGCUGCAAACUGGGAAUUUGCAGUCGGACAGAACAUGGAAACCCUUUGGCUGCUCAAUGCAUUGGUACUCUGCAAAACAGGCUCGAGACUGUCUCCAGGUUCACCAGAAUCUCUCGGGAAUUUCUUACAUCGGAAUUCUCGGUGAUUCAAGAAUGCGGGGACUCUUCACUGAAAUCAACGACGCAUUUUCAGGCAUUCAGUGGCACUUUUACGAACAAACCGACACGGUUUACAAUUUUUCGUCGCAUCAUCUGAAAGUCGCCUUUCUUUGGAGGCCUGUUGUGUAUGAGAAAACAGUUUUUCCGAGACUUGGGAAGCGGAAACGACCCGAAUUGGUCGUUGCUGGGUUCGGACCCUGGUAUUUCGGGAUCGACGCCGGGUUUUUAAAUUUUGCGAGGAUCCUCAUCUAUCGCAGACAGCUGAGACAAUGGGCGAAAUUCAUGAGCAAUUACAUGGGCGACGGACAUGUAAUUUUUAGGUUGCAGCACACGACAAGCGACAUUCAUCCCCCAAAACCGUCGCAAGAAACAUUUACAAACGACGUCAUGAGCCAAUUGAACAAAGUUGCAAUCGAAGUUUUUGCUCAAUUCCCGCGAAUUUACUUGUGGACGAAUAGUCAGAGAGUUUCCGAAUCUUUGGUCAGAAUUGGCAAAGUAAUUUACAGAGACUGGUUGCACUUGUGCCACGCGACACACGAAUUUGAAGUGCAAAUGCUGCUGAACUUUUUUUGCAAUCGGUUCGGAUUGUUCGAGGAUGGGACUUGCUGCGAUCAAAGAGAAGUGAAUUUUGACAAUAUUGGGGAAUUUGUUGUGCCAAAUUUCGUGGCUAAGCCGCACCACGUCAUUAAAUAUUCGCAGGAAAUGAAGAAAACGGUCAAUGCGAAUAUUGUUUUAUUGAUUAUCGUGCUGCCAUAUUCAGUGUUCUUAGAGUUGUGCUUCAUCGAAAGCAGGAUGCACGACAAACGCGACACCUGUCAGCUACUUUUUGAAACCGGGAAGUUUGAGGGAAAAAAUUGGAAACCCGAGGGCUGCUCUCUACAUUUAUACACGCCGGCGGAAGCGAAAAUUUGCUUCCGAACAACCGCCAACCAAACCGGAAGGAUGAACUACUUCGGAUUCCUGGGCGACUCUCGAAUGAGGGAUUCUUAUUCAGUAUUUUUGGCAGAAUUCAGUUACAAAAGGAAAGCUGCCGUUUUGCACACAGACAUUAUGACAUUCGACAAAGACUCCAGGACCAUGGUGAAGUUUAUCUGGCAGCCAUACUUGUAUGAAAAUUCAUAUUUCCCGCAGGCACGUCCUCAGUUGUAUGGACCCUCGGUCAUUGUGGCAUCAGUGGCUUCGUGGUACCUCAUGACAUUCUGGACAAUGCAUGGCGCCGAGACUUUGGCGUUCAAACGGCAGAUCAAAAUUUGGGGUGAAGCCCUCGUGGCCCAGUUUCCAGCCACGACUAUUAUCUGGAAAUUCCAACAAUAUCCCAGUUACCAGAACAUCAUUCCUCCGUCUCACGUGAACAUAACUGACGAUCGGUACCAAGAGUUCAACAAAAUCGCAGAAAGUGUUUUCACUUCAACACAGUCUGACGUUUUCGUGUGGAAAUCCAUUAGAUCAAUGGCCGAAGGGAUGAAAUACUCGGGUAAAAAGGUUUACAGGGAUUAUUUGCACCCUGGGUAUCUUUUGUACCAGAUCGAGGCCCAGAUUUUGUACAACUUUUAUUGCAAUCAAGUGAUGCUACCGAGGGAUGGAACGUGUUGUAGAACUCUGAGGCAAACCGAUGUCAUAUCAGGGUUUGAAAGUGAAAAUAUGAAGGUUGCAAAUCGGAUUGAAAAGGUGAGCGGGAUAAUUUGCUGGGUUGUGCUGCCAGCGCUGAUUUUUCUGCACAGCAAAACUGGGUUCCAUUGGCUUCACGAUGACAAAGAGUCCUGCGGUUCUUUACUAACCACUGGCAGCUUUUCGCGAAUUAGCAACAAAUGGCGGCCCUCAUUGUGCUCUCUUCACUGGUACACGAAACCCGAAGUCAUUACCUGCGCCAAAAAAAGAGCAAUUCGUGCAAAUCGAACAGAAUACAUUGCAUUCCUCGGGGAUUCGAGAAUCAGAGACUCUUUCUACGCAUUCAUAGACAUUUUCGACUACAGACAAUAUCAUCCAGUGGCUUCAUUCGAAGAUAUGCAAUUUGAUGUUCCUGGUCAGGACAUUGUGAUUCAGUUCAUGUGGAGGCCGUAUUUAAUUGACUUUCCGGACACGCAUUUUUAUCACUUGACUCCGGAUGGACAAGGAUUAGUGACUUUGGUGCAUGGUGCUGCUGCCUGGUACUUGAUGACAUUUUGGGACAUGAAAGGGGCUGAGUUGAUAGCCUACAGGAGGCAAUUGAAAGUUUCUUUGGACAAGAUCAGUGAAGAGCUUCCUCACACGCAGAUCAUCUGGAAAUUUCAAGUGCAAACAAGCUACCAAGACAAGCCUCCUUGGAGCCACGUAAACAUAACAGACAAAGUUUUUGAAGAAUUCAACAGAGUAAGCCAAGAUUUGAUUGUGUCUGAAAAUUACGAUAAUAUGUGGAUUUGGUCGAGUCACAGACACGUUGCUGAGAGCUUGAAAACAUCGGGUGGAAGGAGGAUUGUAAACAAAAUCAUCUGGAAAAUUGCGGCCAUCCUCACUCUCGGAUCACUUUCCAUUUUCCUGAUAACACAAAAGGAAAUUAAAUACGAAAACGAUCUCUGUCUUCGCCCGUUGUUGCAAACUGGGAAAUUGAGACGGGAUUUAACUUGGAAACCGAAUGGCUGCGAAUUUCGUUGGUACAAUUCGACAGACUCGAUGGAAUGCGUGCGAAGAAUGAACGGGACAUAUUUUGCAUUCGCCGGGGACUCGAGAAUGCGAGAACUUUACAACACUUUCGUGGCUCAAUUUUCGCCGGUGGAAACGAAAUUCAAUGAAAGAAUCGACCACGAAUACAUUCCCGUGCUACCAGAUGUGAUAAUAGCAGGGGCGGCGUUUUGGUACAUGGCUUUUUGGCCGCAGCCCGAUGCGCACGCAGUCGCGUUCGAGCGACAUCUACGUCAAUUCGCAGAAACAAUGCUCGCUGACGACACUCAGCCCCUUGUGCUCUGGAAACUCCAGUAUCCAAUCAGCAAUGAACACCCUCCGUUGCCAUUCCAGACAAUGAUCACGAAUGAAAAAAUUGGCAACUACAACGACAUUUCGUGGAAGGUGUUGCGGGAUUAUGAGAAUGUCUGGGUUUGGUCCAGUGGGGUUUUGGCAGCCCAGGAUUUGAUGCAAGGGCGAGGGAAGAAAGUGUUUCGGGACUAUGUUCAUCUUUGCUACGCCGUUCAAGAAAUCGAGGUUCAGCAGUUGCUGAAUCUUUUUUGCAAUCGGUUGAUGGCUCAGGAACACGCGGGAUUUUGCUGCAGUCAACUUCAACAUGACAUCCAAAGACCUUAAUUUAUAAAGACCACACAAGAAACCUAGCUUAUCCAUAGCAAAAGACUAAUAAAUUCUAGACAAUGGUAUUCCUUAGAAAAUCAAAUCAUCCGGAUGAAAAUCAAUUUAAUUCCCAUUUAAUGCAUGUAAACAAGAAAAUUUUCAGUGCUUGAGAAAAUUCCCAGAAAUUUCGCAGAUCACAAAUCCAAAAUUCUGACAAAAUCAAGAGUUGGCUGUUUUUAAUAAUUUUCGGAUUUUCAUAAAAUAUUGUGACAAUCGAUAAGCGUGUUCCUUCAAUAUUUAGAUCUAAAUGGGGAAAAGAAUGAUCAAUUGCAUUGGAAAAUGCAAAAACGGAUCAUUUUCAAAAUUUAAGAAUUCAAAGAAAAAUGGAAGUGUUAUUAAAACUCGAACAUUUGGUUGGAAAUUUCUUUUAUGCCAAACAUUUCAAAAUAUAAAUCCACAAGACACAAAAUUCAUCGUUGCUCUCGAAAAAUUGUCACAUGAAUAAUCAGAUUAAUUUAAAAAAAACUGGAUUUUCCUU